CCCCGCUCCAGUAAAACCGACUUGUAAGAUUUUCACAGGAAAAAGACUCAAAAUGGACUUCAUCAGUUGACGUUACUGUGUAAAGGUAUUCGCUCGCCCUGCUUUUAUCUCGGCUCCAAAGUGGCAGCUCCGAAGCCGUUACGCUCGGCAUCGGCUUCCCAACUACCACGAUAACGUUCUCCGGAACCCAUGGAGCCGAGACACAGAUUGAAGGCCUAGAAUCGCAACGUCUUGCUGGAUUGUUGAUGGAGGUGAUAUAUCUCGUGUAAUACAAACAACCGGCACCCUGCGAAUCUCGAUUUCUCAUGUGCUAGCAGUCUCUUGCGUCACUGCACGCACAUAUGACUAUCAAAGCCAACUGGUCUAUCGCCACCAUUGAGUCAAUCCCGGAAGUGACGUCAGGCGUACCGACUUCAUACGGAGCAUCAUGCGGUGCUACUCUCUCGCCCCCCUCUUUCUCUCUCUGCUCUCCGGAAGACGCAACAUGGAGGUUUCUAUCAACCAUUCCUUUCUCCCAUCCGCCACUCCACUGAUAAAUGACUUGACAAUCCAAGUUCUUGCGGCUCAACUCACAGCUCACUGACGAACGAUGGCUUAAGUUCAACGACUACCUGCCAUGUCGUCGCUUAACAGCCGGUCUGCCCCGCCGUCUUCUGGCCCGGGGUUGCGGAUCAAAAGGGCUCGUUCGAAUUCAGCCUGAAAGCAACCGCAUCAACCCGCUGGUGGCGUACAAUGGUCUAAACAAGCUUCUGCUCAAGGACAGACCAGCCAGGCCGGAGAACAGCAGUCCUUAUGCAAGGAAACCCUGCACGACUAGGAGGCCACCCACAUGCCAGCCAUCGUUUGCGCGAUGACAGCUCAACGGAGAGGAGCCAAAGCUGACCGAUGUGACGAUGCAGCUCGGCAGAGGAUUGUUCUCAAGCUCUUCCCCAAGUUACCCCUCAUUCAAUCAUCAUACCCCUGGUUGAGACCUGGGGAACCCACAGGAACAAUACCCUUUCUGACCCUCGCAGGAAGCCUGCAUGCUGCGGUUCGUCACCGACCUCCCGGCCCUAUUCGUAUGGAGAGGGCAUGCGGAGAUGAAACGGCCAAUCCCAUAGGCGGUCUUUCUACUUCUACAGAAGGUCCGCAUUCGCGCCAAUUCACCUCCCUGCCACCGCCAUUUCAAUGCCCCGAGUGAAGGGACCGACUGAGCGUCAAGGAGCAGCAGGAUAAGGCAUCAGUCUGUCUAUAUGAGGGUGGCCUCCCAGCCAGAAGAAACGGUCGUCUAGUGAUUGCCUCCCUCCCUCCAUCGGUCCCGCCAGCUUUCCUCGACGCCAGCCCGGUUACCUGACUUUCCCGGCGCAUCCUAACACCACGAUGCUAUUCUUGUCCAUCGCAACCCUGGCCUCCGUGGCGGCGGCCUCCCAGUGCGGCCUCAAGAAGCUCGAGAACCUGGUGACGUUCGGCGACAGCUACACCGACGAAGGCCGCCUCAGCUACUUCAUCAACAACAACGGCUCCGCUCCGCCCCCGGGCACGCUGCUCCUGCCGAGCAAUUCCACCGCGAGCGGCGGCUACGCCUGGGGCCGGUUCGUCGCUAACUCGACGGGUGCCAACUAUUACAACUACGCCGUCAGCGGCGCCACCUGUUCCAAUGAGAUCAUCUCCCGCGACUUCGCCGCCAUCCGCCAGCCGUUCCCGUCGGUCCUGGAAUACGAGAUCCCGGCGUACAAGGCUGACACAGCGUUCGAGGCGCUCUACCCGAACAGGGCGGCCAAUAACACGGUGUACGCGCUCUGGAUCGGCACUAACGACCUGGGAUACGGUGCCUUUCUCACCGACUCCAACACAGCAGGAACGACCCUUUCCAGCUACGUGGGCUGCGUCUGGGAGGUGUUCGACAACGUCUACUCGACGGGUGGGCGGCACUUUGUCCUCCUCAACAUUGCGCCGCUGGAGCAGUCACCCCUCUACGCCGCCACUGAGCUCGGCGGCAUGGGAGACAGCCAGUUCUGGCCCAACAAGACGGAGUACAACACGACCGAGUACCAGUAUAAGAUGCUCGAGUACAGCACCAGCGUCAACACCAUGUUCGAUUACGGCGCGCCGUUUCACCUUUUGGUCAAGAAGCGCUGGCCGGGAGCGAGCUUCUCCGUCUUUGACGUCCACAGCCUGCUGCGCGACAUCCACGCCGAGCCGUCAAAAUACUUGUCGUCGCCGGCAAACGUGACGGGGGUCUACCGGGUAUGUGACCCGGUGACGAGAGUGUGCGUGGACUCGUCGGAGGCCAAGUCGAGCUUCCUGUGGUACGACGAGUUGCAUCCUUCCGAGCGUGCAGAGGAGAUUGUGGCCCAGCAUUUUAUCGACGUUGUGUACGGCAACUCGACGUACGGCACGACCUACGCGUCCUAAUGGCACCAAGGCUCCAGAGGUCCGGUGCUGGAUAGACUUGUGGGAGGCGCUGGGCCUGUCAGAGGAAGAGGAAGUGAUGAACUGAGUCGAGCCAUGUAUGAAAAGUUUCAGUUCAGUGAGUGGUAUAAUGCGCGAUGAAGACGUGGCGAAUGCAAAAAAAAACGCAAUCGAUUCGGCCACGACUGGGCAGUCAACAUUGAUCUUGUAUAGAUUUGGGAGGUGGUGUUGCCGCUUGGGUGCCUGUGUGUUGGUAAUAUUCAACAUGGUGGGCAGGUUGGCGGCUAUGCAGGCGCAAAGGGCAUGCAUAGCAGGAUGAACUUUAGGAACGGAUAGACACGAGCGAUCUCGACUGCCAGCUGCCAAUGUCAUCAACUGACUGUCACUUGUCGAUGCUCGGUGGUGUAUGCAUAUACUGUCUGUUCGUCAGUUAGUCAGUCAGCCAAACGGGUCAAGAUCCUGGGCGGUUUGCAAGAUGCAGCUACAGGCAAGCCCCUGUCAGAGCAGAUGAGGAUCUCGAAGAGUGUUGAUGCAUGGGCCCUGGCCAAUCAAAACGACGCCUCGGCUCUCAGCAGCCUCCACUGCCAGCGUCCCC